AUGACUUCAAGGGUUCCAAGGAUUUUUGUUGUUUUUUUGGUAUUCGUUAAACAUGGGGCUGGAGACAAAUAUUGCACUCGACAAUGUGCUCCACAGAAUACACUGCUCACCAAUAUCAGCCAGGAGGUCCAACUUACAUGGGACCUCCACCACUCCUGUUUGACUCAGAAGAACCUCGUCUUUGAGCUUGUUGUGCUGAUCCAAGGAAAACAAGUGCACAAUGAAGAGGUUGAAGUGGCUGAACAUGUGGGGUCGAGUCACUUGUGGAGAUGGACGUCCUUCUUACCCCUUGAGUGUGCAUCACAUUCCAUCAAGAUUAGGUCCAGGUGUAAUAAUCAUCCCGGUGUGUGGAUACUGGAGACUCUGCCAGGUCUGGAGCACACAUGUGCCACGGCUGAGGUACAGGUGUUUCCUCAAGACCAUGUUUUUAAGGUUGGAAGCAGAGCAACUUUCUUCUGCAUUAUUCCUACGGCAGACAGUGACAGUGAAAUGUCUCUGAGUAACUACAAUGAUGCCCCUUACAACACCUCCAUGCUCAACCAUCACUUGUACGCGCUGACCGUGGACCUGCUGUGGCCGACGCUCACCUCUGAUGCUGAUAUCAAAUGUAAAACCAGCAUGACUGAGACUGGGGCAUGUGCUAUUGUUGGUUUGUUAGAUUUUUGGAAAUGGGGCGAUUGGAGCCAAACAAUGUCAUUUAACACCCAGGGAGACAUCCCCGAUGCUCUAGAUGUAUGGAUGCACAAAGAGGGCAACCUCACUCGUAUCAUGUGGAAAUUGCUUGAGAACCACCAAAGCAAUGGAAACAUCAUAGACUAUGAAGUGACUUGGGCGGACUCAGAGGAGAAAGAACAACAGAAAAAGUUGUGCAUUGUUCAUCCCAAUAAAAGUGUUGUUCUAAACCUCAGCCCAGUUAAAAAGUAUAAUAUCUUUGUCACUGCCAGAAAUGCGUAUGGGCGCUGUAGCCCUUCCCAGAUGAUUAUAUCCCAUCUAUCUCAAGAGGCCCUUGUAUGGGACAGUUGGAGGAUUCAUGGCAUCGCAGGGGGCUUUAGUUUGUCUUGGACCAACACUUUCAACGCAACAUGUGGAUACAUUGUGGACUGGUGUCCCAUGUCAGGAGACGGCCUUGUGGAUUGGAUCAAAGUCCCUCCCAAUACAACUAAUGCUACCAUUUACUCAAAGAACUUUAAAGAUGGCGUACGAUACAGGCUGUCACUUUACCUCUGCUCAGCGGAGGCUCUGGUGAGGCUGGCAGUGAGAGAAGGAUAUACAAAGGAGCAGAAAAUACCAAAAGGCUUGUUUAAAAACCUGAGGUGGGAACAGUAUGCAUCAGAUGUGAAAAUAUCAUGGGACAGUAUUUCUUUAAGAGAACAGAGUGCUUUUAUAAAAGGCUAUGUCUUGUAUUGCAAAAAUGAAAGUUCAGUAAUUCAGGAACAAACAGAUGAUCCUCGGGUCUCUAGUCUGACCGCUAGAAACCUCAUCACUGACUCCUACACAUUCUCAGUGUAUGCGUUGACCUCAGUUGGCGAAUGUGGUUUGACAUCAUUAUACGCUACAUUGAAUUCCCAAAGUGAUGCCUUGGUCAGUGCCUUCCUGAUCUCGCUGUUCAUAGUAUUCUCUUUACUGUGUAUCCUCACUGUGGUGUGCUACAGACAAUGGGCUCGCAUCAAACAGAAAGUAUACCCACCCAUUCCUCAACCAGUGAAUACAAAUCAACACUAUGUCAGAAACACAACAGAGCGACACGUCAAGGCUGCAAUCAACCAAUAUGAUAAAAGUGUUGAAGAGAGGAGAGAGAGGCUACGGAUUAUGUUGGAGACGGAAGAACAAGAGCUCCUCAAAGAGACAGAGGAACGAAGGGAGACCCCUCUGGAAAGACAAGCCAAAAUGAAGGAGAGAGCCAGAGUCCUGAGAGACAUAAGAGAGACCCAAAGACAGCAAAUUGUUUCGGAAAAAAUGGAACAACUUUUCAUAAACCAGUGUGAGGAAUUGCGCGCUGUCCUGGCCAAGCGCAGAGAAGAGGAGACCCGCAUGGACUGUGUGGCUCAGGUUCUGUCCAAGCAGGAGCGGCAGCAAGAGCAGCAGAUGAAGGACAAGCAGUUUUCGGAAAUGUGGGAAGCCAUUCGCCAAAGAGAGGAGCAGAAAGAGAGCGACCGCGUUGAGAGACGGCAGCAGAAAACCAACGAACAUCUGAACCACCUGAGAGCGCAGAUGGAUGUUGUCGACCAGCAAAGACAACACGCCAAAAUGUUGAAAGAGGAGGAGACACAACUGCUGCAUGAGCAAAGAGAAAUGCAGAGGCUUCAAGACGAGAGGGAGAAGCAUCAAAGGCUCAAAGCGCAGAAGACGAGGAGGAGGCAGCUCGACCAGAGUUACAGGAUGAAGAUGAGGCGUCUUGCGAAAGAGCAGCAGGAGGAGCUGGCCUUUGACAUGAGCCUCAUACAGCAGGUUCUCAACCAGGAGAGCAACGAGAAACAGGAGUCAGCUCAAAGAAAGGUUGAACUGCGAGAGGAGCAGCAGCGGUACAGACAGUACUUGGCUGAUGAGCUGGAAAAGCAAAAGAAACUGGAGCACGAGACAGAGUUACUAAUUGAGGAAAAAUUACGAGAAACUUGGGACAAACGAGACAAACAGAGUCAAAUGGAGAGAGAAGCGAGAAACCGACUGAUGAAAGAUGUACUCGAGGCCCGCAGUCUCCAAAUCCAACACAAAUUGGAAAUGAACAAGCAAAAACAGGAUCAGCUGGCCAAAGACAAAGAAGAGCUCAUGCAAACGGCUGAAGAAAUUAAGUUAAUAGAUCAGAAGGAGAAAACACAACAUAAGGAGUUCAGCCGCGCCUACCAGGCCGAUCUUCUGGCCCAGAUGCAGCACAAGCAGCAAAGGAAACAAUUUGAGAAGGUUCUGGAAGAUAGGGAGUUUCAGAGCGGCCUGGCCAUGCAUCAGGAAUACGAGAGGAUGAAGGAGCGGAUCCUGUCCAGACCGACCUCUCACACCACUGUGGCUCACCCAUUCAGGCGCACGGAGGGGGCCAAAUCUGCUCCGGUACAGAAGAGUCAUAGAGAAUAA